AUGGCUGAAAUUGAGACUAAUAAAGCUUUAAGUAUCUUAAAGGCAGAUAAGAAAACGUUAAAGAAUAAUAGCUUUUCUCUAAUUUGGUGUAUUCCCGAUCAAUUUUAUCAUUCCAUACAAGAUAUUAAAAAUGAAAUUGAAAGCAAGGGUUUUUCUCUCAUAAAAACUUGGGAUUCGGAUAUUAUGACGCUUAAGACUAUCUCUCAAGCUCUAGGGAUAAUUCAAUCUCAUAUUCGUUCUGAUUAUGAUGGUAUUGUCAGUGAAUUAGAUUCGAAAUAUUCUAGCUGGAAAAAUUUUAAGGAAGAGUAUCAAGGUAUAUCAAAAGAAGUGGCUAUCUCCCCUCAUACAGAUGGAGCAUUUCUUGAAGGUAUGUUUGCAGCCAAAACUACGAUGAUAAAAAUAUCCCCCCCUAAAAUGCUUUUGCUCCAACCCAUUGAAUAUGAUGCUAAUGGUGGUGAAAUCAUACUUGUUGACGGCAAGAGAGUACUGGAAUCAAUCUUGGAAAAAAGACCAAAAUUAGCAGAGAUAUUAAUGAAGCCUGGAUGUAUAGCUUUUUGCAGAGAUGACCAUAUGUCUAUGAAUUACCCCGUCUAUGAGCACAUGCAAGAUGAUAGCAUUCGCAUUCAUUUUCGAUAUGAUCAGACAACAUUUGCUCCAUAUUGGUCCUAUGAAGCUGUAAAAUUCCUUCAUAACAAUUAUCAUAUGAAUCCAAAAUACCAAAUUAAAAUACACCUUAAAGAAAAGGAACAUAUCUUAAUAGUGGAUAAUCAUAGAAUGUUGCACGGCCGUGGUGAAUUUGCUGGAAAUCGUAAGUUACGCCGAGUUUGGUUAAAUGAUCAUGACCCCAUUAUUCUCAAAAAUGUGCAUGAUAUCUAUAAAAAUAAUCGUGCUACUAUGCCAUAUGCACCAUAUAUACCACUUAAUAGUAAUAACGCUUCUAAACACAAGAAAAUAAAUACAGGUAUUAGAUUAGACAAAAGUUUGUAUAAUAGGGAAAAAAAUGUAAGUUUGAGAAGUUAUCAUAACCUUCAUAAUGCUGAAUUUAAGGAAUUCAGCCCAGUUGCUGUUUUGUAUCAAGCACUUCAGCCUCCUAUAAUUGAUGGAAUUCGAAAGCCAUUAAAACCUGGAGGGUAUAGUGAUAGCGGAGCUGAUAUCGUCUAUUCUUUGAGAUCCAACAACAUUCCUAUAGUUACUCCUGUUGAUAAUCCUAGCCCAACAUCUGAUUUCGAUUGGGUUUUUCCUGACACAGAAGAAGGAAUAAGUACAGCCAUUUCAAAAGGUGCAAAGACGCUUUGGGCAAAUACUAUUCUCUUCAAUACUCAUCCAUUGAAUUACAUGAGCUUUAGGGAAGAUAUUAAGCUUGUUGGUCAUCUUCCAUCACAUGUACACAAAUAUGAUAACAAAUGGUUUGCAAAUGAAUUAAUCAAAAACACUGGAAUUUCGGUUCCUCAUGCAAUUCUUAUUGGAAGCUCUGCAUAUAAUGGUGCAUACCGAUUGAAUGAUAUAACCUUGGAUAUUUUAAAUAAAAAAGGUAUCCAAUUCCCUGUUGUUGUUAAACCUAUACGUGGCCGGGGAAGUCAAGGUGUUAAAAAGGUUAAUUCUAUUGAGCAAAUGAAAGAGCAUGCGGAAAAACUUCUGUCUACUAGAAUUGUGAUUGAUGGUCAAUAUUUCUUUGAGUAUGGUGAUACUUUAAUUCUUGAAGAAUAUUUGGAAGGAGAAGAGAUAACAGCUACCAUUAUGCCUCCUGGAAUAUAUGAUAUUAAUUUUAAAAAUGUCACCAUUAAUAAAUAUUGGCACUUACCGUUAGUAAAGAGAUUUAAUCACAAUAAUGGUAUUGCUCCAUAUAGUGGAGUUGUUGCUGUAAUUGAAAAUAGCACUCUUAUUAGCAACGAGGAAGCGCAGAAUCCAAUAUAUAAACAAGUCGCUCAGGAUUGUGAAAAGGCUGCACAAAUUAUAAGACCAUUAGCACCAAUCCGUAUAGACUGUCGUAGAAUAUCACCAGAAAAACCAUUUGCUUUGUUUGAUAUAAAUAUGAAACCCAAUAUGACAGGACCUGGCCGCCCUAGACGCAAUAUGCAAAAUAGCUUAAGCUGUAUUGCUGCAAAUGGCAUAGGAUGGAACUAUCCAGACCUUCUUAAGGCUAUGUUGCGCCAAGCAUGGCUGAUUAAGAAAUUUAUUAG